UUUAGCAGCCAAAAUAUCAACAAAAGGUUUUUUCUUAUUGUUUAUAUAUUUUUAAAAGAUUUUUCAUUAUUAUUUAAGAUCAUUUUUGGGAUCUCAAUAACCCAAAAACUUCCAUAACAGUGCAUGCUUGCUUUCCAUCGGAAUUAAGUGGAAAGCUAAGAAUAGAAGUUGGCAUUUUUAGAUCAACCCAUGUCUAAGCUAUAGCUGCUAACAGAUAGUAAGCCUUUGGGGACUAUGUAUGCAACGUUGCAAUGUUGAAAUCCAAGAGGCCGUUGAACUGCAACUGGUUACCAACAAUUCCAGUGGUACGAGUAUAAAUACCAGUUGCAGGUCACAGCCAUCAGUACAGACUGAAGAUGUUUUGCAAGGACAACGGUGCAGUUCAUGGCCUUCGGCUUCUACCUUUGCUAAUCGCCAUCGUGACUACCACGUUGGUGAUAGCCACUCCGGCCAGUGGUCAUCAGUUGCCCAGUGGGAACCACAAGUUGUGCGGUCCUGACCUGUCCGAUGCCAUGGAUGUGGUGUGUGCCCAUGGCUACAAUUCGUUGCCACAGAAACGCGGGGUCCUAACGGCUAACGAGUUGCAGCUUGAGGAUAAUGUGUGGCAAUCGCUGGCAACUGCAGGCUACUACUUUAGUCCACUGUUGACCAACUUGUACGGAUCCGAGGUCCUGAUCAAGACGCGUCGCCACAGAAGACACUUGCCCAGCGGCGUCUACGACGAGUGCUGCGUCAAGUCGUGCACUUACGAGGAGCUAGCCGCCUACUGUCUGCCCAAAUAGAAUACUUAACCCACUCAGAACCCAU